UUUCCUAUGCUGCGCGCACGGAGUCUCUUCCUUUCUGUCCGACAUCUUUGAACGAGCAGCAGCAUGCCUCCUAAAGACGAUAAGAAGAAAAAGGAUGCGGGCAAGUCCGCCAAAAAGGACAAAGAUCCCGUCAACAAGUCUGGGGGCAAGGCCAAGAAGAAGAAGUGGUCCAAGGGGAAGGUCAGGGACAAGCUGAACAAUCUAGUGCUGUUCGACAAGGCCACAUAUGAAAAACUGUGCAAGGAGGUUCCCAACUACAAGCUCAUCACCCCAGCAGUAGUAUCCGAGAGGCUGAAGAUCAGAGGCUCGCUGGCCAGGGCCGCCCUCCAGGAGCUGCUCAACAAAGGUCUGAUCAAGUUGGUGUCCAAACACAGAGCGCAGGUUAUCUACACCAGAAACACCAAGGGAGGUGACGCCCCUCCAGGAACCGAGGAAUCCUAAACGGGACCUGGAUUGGGAGCGACCACAUUUUCUAUGUAAAUGAUCUAAUAAAAAGUUGUGACUUA